GUCUUUCUCACGGUAAGCAUCCUGUAUUAAUACUAGUAGGAUAUCGAGGGACCUUCAAGGACCCACUCCUGUCUACAAUCUACCCUUUGUAUAACCUUCUCGCCGGCUUUGAAAGAGUGUCGUAGAGCUGAAGCUUCCAAGCCUUUCUUUGGAAACGCGAUCUCUGUUGCUUUCAUCAGGGUCGGUACCGCGACCGCAGCUCUUUAUCUGUCUUUAUUGUGACAGUGCUGUCGAAACGGCGUAGCAACACGGGACCCUUACAAGUGAACUCCUCAGGGGAUCCUUAAGAGUCGCCACUUAGCACGCAGAUCCAGCACCUCAGCCGCGUGUUUGCUUAAAUAACUCGAUCCCCUGCGUUUUCCUCUCUAUCAUCUCUCUAUCUUUCCACCAUGCCAAAGCGUAUCCCUACCCCUCCUCCUGCAGACGAUGAACCUCGCUACCUCAGCGUCGUCCACCCGUACGUCCUCGAUGGGCACUGCAACAUGGAACUGCCCAAGGAUAGACAAGAUUUCGCUCGUUGGGUAGCGUGCUGCAUCGACGCUAAGUACUUUUACGCAUUUUUCCAUAAACCCAGUGCACGCGACAUGGUUAUCAUCGAAGUGGCGCGCGAGUGCCCCCAGCUUGACCGCUUACUCGGCGAGCAUCGCUGGAGCGAGUUCCUGAGAAAGUCGUCUGAACAAGAGAACGACCAAGUCACCAAGGUUUUUUAUUGCACUUAUUGCACCGGAAGACAAGUGCAGAAGAAUGGCUGGAAGCGUAUCUUCGUUGAAGAUGCUUGGUUUAAGACCUGGUCGCCGAACAACCAUUUCAUCACUUUUCCUUAUCCUGAAACCCAUUUUUGUGAUGUACCUGUCGAGGAUCAAACCAAUCACCCGAUGUGCAGGCCCCUUCCGGGCGCUGUAAAGCCACCUCCCCCUGAGACGCUGGCUGCUCCCGAACCAAUCGUCGGUUCCCGAGAAUGGACCACCACCAAACAGCUCCCUGCCCCUGUCGCAAAGGCUGCGAGAAGUGCGUGGUCUAAAGGUACCCCAAAAUCUACAGCACCGAUUGGCAAUUCGUGGAAGGCUGCCAUCGCUACUUCCUCCCCGCCCAUCGCUGGGCUGAAGAAGCAGCCCGCAGUUGGCGGCGGCCCCGUCGCAGUAAAAGCAUCUGACGUUUGGGUCGGUCUUCCUCUGCCCUCAGGACUUGGACCCAGCGGGUGGUCAGACUCCCCCGCCGGCUCCGGAAGGAACACUCCCGCACACGUAACUCCAUCUCCUUUACCCAGAACAUUGUCGAAUCAAUCUCCCGAGGUCCCUCCUGGUUUGAGUGGCAGAACAGCUUCGAACGCCGCAACGUCCUAUCCUACUCAUCCCCCCGGAAUUUCGGCAGUACCAAGCGCGUGGAGUGCUCCUCGCAUCGAGACGGCACCGCGCCUCGAUCGUGAUAACACAAGCGUCGCUAGCUGGAGCUCCAGCGGAGGAUCCUCCAGCGCCAGCACCGACAUCAUUCUCACGCCUGCGAACGCCCCAGAUGAUCCAUACACGGUUCAAGUCCAAAUUUCGGAAAGUAUGGAACGAGCGCUGGAUGGGCUAUCAGUCCAUCAUGAUCUAGAUCCCAAUCUCGCUGAACUGGACGCGAUCGCACCCGGACAUUGGGAAGAACCUACCAGCGCUCAAGUUUCAUGGUCGGAGUAUCCCAUCAGUAGCGCCGAUGGGGUCAUUUGGGAUGAUGCUCCCGCAGACGCUGAGGCGCAGUGGAAGGAGCUGACUGAUCAGCCGGAGGCGGAGAAGCCGAUUAUAUGCAAUGCCCAUGGAACGAUCUGCAAGAAGGGGAUAUGUAGGGAGUAUGCGAAGCAGCACCGCGAAGCGGAGAGGGAGAAAGCACUGAAGGAUAAAUCUGCGGGCGCCAAGAAGGGUAGGGGUAGGGGCAGGGGCAGGGGCAUGGGCAUGGGCAGAAGCGCUGGUGAAGCUCCUUCCAAUGCUUUCAGAGGUCGCGGCGCACCAGUGAGGACGAAUUGGCAAGGCGCUCCAAGGGCUAUCGUAUCUGCCGCUGCCAUCGAGCACAUGGAAAGCGUCAAGGAUGCGGAAUCUGUCGUGGGGGAAACUCCGAGUGGAUGGGGCAACACGUCAGAUGCCUCGUGGAGGUCCGCGAGCAAAGAUGAGCCUGAACCGGCUGCGGUGGAGUCCGCGGACAAUGAUGCUCCUGAGCCGUCUGAGGACGGCUGGGGCAAUUCUGUAGCUAGCUAUGAUCCUUGGCUUACUGUUCCUGCGAAGCCCGAGCCCCGGCGGAAGCCCGAGCCAUCGUGGCAGAAGCCCCAGCCCUCGUCGCAGCAGAGGCCCCAGGUCCAGCAGAAGUCUCAGCCUUGGUCCCAGCAGAAGUCCCAAGCGCAGCCGAAGUCUCAGUCUUGGUCCCAGCAGAGGCCUCAAGCCCAGUCUUGGUCCCAGCAGAGGCCCCAAGCCCAGCCUGGGUUCCAGCAGAGGCCCCAGGCUCAGCCGAAGGCCCAGCAGAGGCCCCAGGCCCAGCAGAAGCCCCAGCCAAACGCCAACGCCAACGCCAAUAACACGAACAAGAAGGUUAACUCUUCCUGGGCAGAUCAGAUGGACGCCCAUAGCGCUGCUGGAUACCCCAGUGAAGAUGGGUACUCUACUGCCACACGUGGGGGACGGGCGAAGCCUCCCCAGAGCUGUGCCAGUUCUAGUGAUUGGGGCACUAUCGAUGAAUCGCCCUGGUGAGCGUAUCACCUGCAUUAAUGAGCGAGUACAGUUGCAGGGUCAUGGAGACCCAUGUAUUGCCGUCGUAUUUUUUUCUCCUUGUAUUCCUAUCCGAAGCGCCAUUCGAUUUUGUACUGUUAUUCCUUGACGAUAUAUGUGCCAUACCCUGAUCAAUUUUCGUACCUACAUACAUACCGCAGAAAGACCUUUUGUUGUACCGAUACCAUCCAAUCAGCAUCUGCGAUCAUUGACGUAAUUGCAUGCGUGU